GGACUGUCUCUUGUUGAUUGGCGGAGAGACAGGGUGAACCCGGGAAAAAAAAUCCCGCGUUCUAGCUGGAGCCUCGUGUGUUGUGGGGUGUCCUUGGGUGGCUCUCCAAUCUGGGACCGGCAGAAAUCCAGGUGUAACUGAUCAUGGCAUCAUCAGAGAGGGAUAAAGGGAAGGAAAAGGACUCAAAUGCCCAGUUUCAGGCCAUUGUAGGCAAGGAAGGGAGGACAGCCUGCCAGACCCGCAAACAUGAAACGCGUGUAAAUCCAUCAGAUUCUCAGCAGCAUAUGUCCGCCAAUGCACAAGAUAGCACCACAGAGUCUUCUGUGUCCCAGACUGGCGAAGAACUUAGUGUUUCAGAGGAUUGUGGUCUUGCCAACAACAUAUUCAAAAGGACAGAGGCCUUGUACACCUGCCCAACGAAGAUGAACGAGGGAAAAGUAGAUGAGGCAGUAGUGACUAAUGGGCCCAGCGCAUCUCAAGCACCAUUUCAGUUUAGUGCCAAUCCCACUCUGGAAGACAUUCGGAGGCUCCAGUCGGCCUUCGCAGCUGAGCGGGACUGGGGGAAGUACCACCAGCCUCGGAAUCUGCUUCUUGCUCUGGUUGGGGAAGUUGGGGAGCUGGCAGAGCUCUUCCAAUGGCGGGAAGAAGCUCCCGAAGGCUUACCAGGGUGGAGCCCAUUGGAGCGUGAAGCCCUUGCUGAUGAGCUCAGUGAUGUCCUCAUUUAUCUGGUUGCCCUGGCAAACAAGUGCCAUGUGGACCUCCCUACGGCUGCUCUCCGUAAAAUAGAGAAGAACCGCCUCAAAUACCCAGCCAAGCGGGUCUAUGGUUCCUCCAAGAAAUACACGGAGUAUCAGGAAUAAGUAUGGAGAGAACCUCUUCCUGGAUGGAGAGAAGAAGAAUCACUCUGUGGCUUCCAGAAGAUGCUCUUUUCACGGUUUAUGACUUCUUUGGGAUGAGCAAUUCAAAGAUAGACCAAUGGACCUGUUGUAGAGAUUCAGUUUUUGAUCCUUUGCCCUGUCUUUUCUUUUGCAAAGUUGAUCUGGAGAACCUGUGACCAUUUGCAAUUCCAUCACUCUGAGACCGUGUUGGCCAAGAACUGGAGUCCAUCCAGAUUCUCCAUCCCAAACCUCAAGGGUUGCAGAUGGAUGUACGGGAGUGCAGAGAAAUUUCUCUGGGGGGGAGAUAAAACAUAAAUGUCCCAUUGGCUGUGGAAAAAGUUUACAGAGAGAAAUACAUGCCCCCCUCCUCGUGGAGGUGUAUCAAGCAUAGAAGUGCAAGGAAUUUUUAUAAACUCUGCUUUCUGAGUGAGGCUAGAUUCUUCUCUCCAGCUUAUGGCUGUAGUUUUAGUUUAGUUUUUAGAGAAAAAAAGGUGGCCACCAUUUUGGCCUGAAGAAUUGACGAUUUCUUCUUGACUGCACAUUCUUUCCAGUAGAAUUGCCCACCUCAAAGUGUAAAUUACACCUCAUUUGGUAUCCACUUUGGUCUUAAAAACAAACGCGAAGGGCUUCUCUGAGGGAAGAAAUGGUGGGAAGCUGAAGAAUGAAAUGGCUGUGGGGGUUUUCCUGCCCAGACUGGCAACAUCACAAGGCUGUCGUCGUAAAAUAAUAAAAAUUUCAAGAGGUUGUUA